GUGCCUCCGUGAGCCUGGUGAACGGCAGGAACCGCUGUGAGGGGCGUGUAGAAAUUUCCUUCCCGGGGGGCCGGGGCACCGUCUGUGACGACAGCUGGGACCUGAGCGAUGCCCAGGUUGUGUGCAGGCAGCUGGGAUGUGGCUCUGCUGUCGCUGUAACAUCAAGCAAUGCCUUUGGACCAGGCAGUGGCCAGAUCUACCUGGACGACGUGAACUGUGCAGGGUGGGAGUCCUCCCAAUGCAGCCACAAUGGCUGGGGCGUCCACAACUGUGGCCACAGUGAAGAUGCUGGUGUUGUUUGCUCAGGUACCUUGGCUUUUCCUCCCCAGCUACCUGGACACUUUCUGCAGUCGGCUCUCGUUGGCCACAAUUACGUGUGUGUUGGAGAUGUGUUCAGGAAUAUGUUUUCGAUUGCUGCCACCAGCCAAGACCACCCUUUUGUUCAGACCCCGAAGCUCUCCAUUGCCCAUGUGACGGGGUGGCACCAACAUCCCCAGUACUGGCAGAAAACCUUGCCAUGCUCCUUCAUCCACCAAGGCCUCACUUGCUUCUUUCUCUUCCUCCCUUACAGAUGCCCUUACCAUGACCACUACUUUUGCUUCAACAACCACUCCAGAUACCAGAACCACAACCACCACCACAGGACCCACUACUCCAGGUGGGUCUGAAUUUGUGCUUGUUUUUCUGGCCACUUCUUUUUUGGAACCAGGAAGUGCUGCAGAGGUUGGCCUUUGGUCUUCUGUGUGGGAG